AUGACACAGGCAAUGGAGAGGGCCCUGCCCCAUGGGACCGACAGGCCAGCUGUUACGACCCAAGAAUCUCUACCGGACUCCACCCCGUCAUGCUCAACGCAGGUGUCUAUCAAAGGUGGCAACGUGUCACUCUCAGAUGGGCACCGCCAAGGUAGCAUCCUCACCUACUCAUGCCCAGAUGGCUCCUAUCCACACCCAGUGCGAACGCGGAUCUGCCAGUCAGAUGGGAACUGGGCUCCCAUGUAUUCCUCUGGCAGACGGGUGACCCAAGCAUCAUGCCGAGGCAUGCGAUGCCCUCCUCAGCGGGCCUUUGAAAAUGGUUUCUUCAGCCCACGGCUCAGUGCAUACCCUGUUCGCGGCGUCUUGAACUUUGAGUGUUUUGAUGGGUACCAGCUCCAUGGUUCGGCCCAGCGGCACUGCCAGUCCAACGGCCGCUGGAACGGAACUUCUCCGGUCUGCAACGAUGGAGCGGGACAUUGCCCAAGUCUCCCCAUCCCACCAGGAGCAAUUUCCAGCGGAGGGCGUAAUCGUCUUGGAGAUCGGGUCUCCUUCCAGUGUCAGACGGGGCUGGACUUGGUAGGGUCAUCCGAGCAUGUCUGUACUCCGGAGGGGGAAUGGUCAGGAGCAGAGACGAGUUGUAGAGCCCCGUACUCUUAUGAUCGGGCUGAAGACGUUGCAGCUGAAUUCGGAGCCUCGUUAACCAAUGUUUUGAGUGUGGUAUCGUCUGGGUCUGACCACUCGGAUUUGCCCCAAGAUCCAUCUUUAGGACGAAAACUUAUACUGUCCACAGACAGUUUCCUCCAUAUCUACUUGCUUGCGGAUGCCUCCCACAGCGUCACCAGCAAGCACUUUGAGAUGUUUAAAAAAUCUCUGGAAAUCAUCAUUGACCGGAUUGCCAGCUUCGAAAUGCCCAUCAGGUUCGCCCUAUUAUCUUAUGCCAGCCAGCCCCUGACGAUCGUCGACACCUUUGAUGAUAUUGCUGAAGACCCAGACCUGGUUAUCGAAAAGAUGAGGGAUGAAAUGAAAUACGAAGAUCAUGGCAAUGCAACAGGGACCAACAUCCAGGAAGCGCUGAUGGCUGUCUACAGUAUGAUGAUCAACCACCGAGCAGCUAACAGCAGGAACUGGGAUCAAAUCCGCCACGCCAUCAUUCUGCUGACGGAUGGGAAGUCCAAUAUGGGCGGCUCCCCCAAAGUUGCUGUGCGGAGGAUAGAAGACUUCUUGAACGUGAAAGAAAACCGCAAAGACUAUCUGGAUAUCUAUGUCUUCGGCAUUGGAAGACUGGAUGUGGACCAGGCAGCCAUGAACGAGGUGGCUUCUAAUAAGGCGGGCGAGAGACACGUCUUCAUACUGACUGAUCCUAAGGAGCUCAAAAAGGCCUUCGAAGAUGUUCUGGCUGACAAGACCCAAUUGCACAUAAAGAGACGAAUUGACCAUGAAUUAUACAACGUCCGAGCUAAGGCAGCCCAGGGCAUCCAGGAAUUCUAUGACUAUGACAUCUCCCUGCUUGAAUUGGACGGGCCUGGGAAACUUGGGCCGAUCUGUCUUCCCUGUACCACAGGUGCCAACAGAGCUCUGAAAAAGCCUGAGACUGCGACUUGCAAGGAUCACGAGUUGGACCUGCUGAGUUUCGAGAAGGUACCUGCACAGUUUGUAUCCCUGAACAACGAGAGACUGAACGUACUGAUCAAAACAAAGAAAAGCCGCCCUAAAUGCAUUUCUGCAGCGCUCCAACAUGCAUUAUAUUCCAAAGUGGCCAACGUCUCUGAAGUCGUGACUGACCGAUUCCUGUGCAGCGGAGAAGAUGGGAAUGGAGCGGUGGAGGACGCAUCUUGCAAAGGUGAAUCUGGGGGGUCCUUGUUUGUAGAGAGGCGAGCCAGAUAUUUUCAGGUGGGUGUGCUCAGCUGGGGUACAUUUGAUGCCUGCAAAAAUAAAGCCACGGAGUCUAACCACAGAGUUCGGAAAACACCUAAGCGGGGACAGAAGCCACGAGAUUUCUACCUCAGUCUGUUUCGUGUGCAGGACUGGCUGCGGCACCAUCUGGCUGGAUCCUUGAGAUUUAUCCCUCAGCAAUGA